GCCUUUGAUGUUCAGAGAGUAUUGAGCAACGUGUGACGAUAGAGGCGGAACUAAAUACUAGUCAAAUUAACUGAUAAUUUGCAAAGAUCGGAGAUCAGCAAAGAAAUACUUGAGGAAGGAAUGCGAAAUGGCGGUGGCGAGUGGCUUGAGUUCGCGGAUCAGUCGACUACGAUUUCUGCAGAAAUGUAUCAUCCCUGGAACAUAUUCAUGUGGCAUUAAAUGUACUUUAUUGAAUUCACAACAUGCGAGGUGUUAUAAACACUGGAAUCCAAAGUUUAAGAGGCUUAGGGGGCUUAAGGUUCAGAAAAUUGAAUUACCAAAUUUUGAAGAAGACACGGACGAACUGUCUGAAGAAGAAGUACGGAGUAGACUUAAGGAAAGAGGUCUUCUCCCACCAAGGCCAUGGGUAGAAAGACCAUUUUUCAUAAGUUGCACAGGUGGUGCAUUUGAACCAUAUGUUCCACCAGAAGGUGAUGGGAAAAUGUCCAUAAUUUCUGUUCCAGGAGCAAAGCAAAAAUUUGAAAUGGUUGAAAAGAAAAGCAAGUCAAUGAUGGCCAUUCGUAAGAUCCGCUCCUUUGAAGAAGAGUUCAACACUCAGGUCUUCACAGAUGCUGCACAAGAAAUUUACAUAAAUGCUCACAACUGCAUGGCAAGCAAGGAUUUUGUGAAGUUACAACAGUUUGUUACUGAACGUGCCUAUCCACAAAUUAAGCAUAAUUCAGAAGAUAAAACAAUACACUGGAAAUUUGUUAAAUCAUUAGAAGCACCAAGAGUUGUUCAUGCUCGUUGUACAGACAUCAUCUCAAAGGAAAAUGUAUUUGCACAAGUGACUGUGAGAUUUCAUACUCAGCAGAUCCUGGCAGUAUAUGAUCGUUUCGGCCGCCUGAUGCAUGGAAGUGAAAUUUUAGCAAAAGAUGUAUUGGAGUAUGUUGUCUUCGAAAAACAUAUGGCUAAUCAGUAUGGCAUUUGGCGAAUUCAUGAUAAAAUCAUACCAGAUUGGAUGCCCCCAAGAGAACCAAUGGAAAAAACUUACGUAAAGACUGAAGAGCCACCAGUUGAAACCCAAGUGCAGACUGUUCCUGAAAACAAGGCACAAGAAACAGUUUCAAAUGUAUGAUCUUUGUUUAUUGUCCAAUUGUAUUGUGUGUACUUAUGCAGUGUUUUAUAAACUGUCUGUGAAUAUUUGAAGAAAAAAAAUGAAUUUGUGUAAGUGAAUAAACAAAUUUAUUUGGA